UUUCAAUAACUUUUAUAACUUCACGACGAAAACAUCAAAAUCAAUUCAUUUCUUUUUUUUUUCAUUUAAAAUUCUUACAAAUUACCGUUUAGAUUUUGAAAUUGAUAAAAAAUUGAAAGAAAACUAUUCCAAUGACUGAAUUCCUUUCACGCGAACAAGAAUUUCUCAAAAUCAACGAACAUUUAGACAAGAUGACUAAAAUGGCUUUUGAAAAACCACAACCAACGAAAAUUGAUUCCAAGUAUGCAACUUAUACAAAAAAGGGUCCAAUUACCGUCAUUCGACAGAAUGCUAAAACUGAUGAAAUAUCUUUGAAUGGAUUCAAGGAAAAGCAUUCCAAUACUAAAGAAAAUAUUUCGACAAAUGGAGCUAGGAAAAAAAUUAUACCCAAAGAACGUCCACUUCAAGGUAUUGUCGAAGAGAAAAAAAAUAUUUUCGAACGCAAUACUAUGGCCAGUCCAAGAAAUUCUGUUCGAACUCUUCCUUUAACUCGAAGCACUGCUUCGAAAAAUCCGUCAAAUGUGGUCUUGAGAUAUAAAAAUAGUUCGUUUAUUCAAAGUCCAUCGCUGGAAAUCCUAGUUAGAGAUGAAAACGAAUCUAUUAGGAGUCUAGCAACUUCGUGUACAUCUGAAUUGAGUACUGCUCUUUCAACAGCUCGUCCCAAAGUCAACCUUAGCUCGGAAGGUCUCGUAAAAUAUUUAAAAUCUAGAAUCGUUAUUUUACAAAGUGAACAUGAGAAACUUACUCAAGAAAUGUCGGAUCAGAAGGAAUUAGCCGAAAAGAGUGUCGAACGGCAGAAGAAAGUUGAAAACCAACGUGAUCUUGCUUACACCAGGAACAAUGCUUUGUCAGAGCAAAUGACCAAACUGGAAGGACAAUUGGAAGAAGCACAACGUCGUUUAAAAGAGAAAGACUCUGAACACAAUUCUACCCGAAAGGAACUCGAGACUACAAAACGUGAACUAAAAGUUCUUACACAAACGAAUGCUAAUCUAGAAAAACGUUUGUAUCGAACCAAUGAAGAGCUUGAAAAUACCAGAAAUGUCUUGAAUCAAAUGAAAAGUGCAGAAAAAGAGAUCAGAGAAUCGGUUCGAAAUGAAAGUGAUGUUCGGGAGAAACAAAUUAAAGGAUUGAAGAAGCAACGUGCGGACUUAUUGAACGCUUACAAGAAGCAAUUAUUUCUAAUCGAUAACUUGAAGCGUCAAAAUUUGUGUAUGGAACAGUCGAGAAUGAUUGCAUUUGGUGAGAAGGAGUUCACUAAGGUCCUAGAUUGGCAAACGAAAGUUUAAUUUUUCAUGGGAAAUUUUGUGUUUUUUUGUAUCUAUGAAUUGUAUUUAUGAAUUAAAAUAAAAUC